CCCAAUUGAGGAGAGGUUUGAAUCACUGGUUACCAUCAGACUGGCGGAUUCAUUCAGUACCUACGCGAAAAUGAGGGGAAAUCGAGAGGUGGAAUUCCAAGAUGACUUCUGGAUCCCCGUCCCCAUUGACACCAACAACAUAUCGUUAUACAGUCCAUACUUGGUUCCCCAGGACUACCUCGGGAGUACAUGGCUCUUUUAUGGUUUGGCGAUAUUUAUGUUUGUACUGUUUAUUCUCGGCGUGCCGGUCAACAUCCUUACCAUCGUAUGCACAGCGAAAUACAAGAAGCUGCGCUCCCACCUGAACUACAUUCUGGUGAACUUAGCGAUAGCCAACCUCUUUGUCGCAGGGUUCGGCUCAUCGACUUGCGCUAUCUGCUUUGCCAGCAAAUACAUGAUUUUGGGACCACUAGGCUGCAAGAUCGAAGGCUUCACAGCUUCUAUAGGCGGUAUGGUGGCCCUCUGGUCCCUCGCUGUAAUUGCAUUCGAGAGGUGGUUGGUUGUUUGCAAACCUCUGGGAAACUUUGUCUUUAAACCGCACCAUGCUCUAGCCUGUUGUGCUCUGACCUGGUGCAUGGCAUUGGCAGCUGCCACCCCACCACUGAUUGGGUGGAGUAGGUAUAUACCCGAGGGGCUUCAGUGUUCCUGUGGUCCUGACUGGUACACCACUAACAACAAAUACAACACUGAGUCCUUCGUGUUGUUCCUCUUCUGCUUCUGCUUCACUGUGCCCUUCACCACAAUUGUUUUCUGCUACUCACAGCUUCUUCUGAUGCUGAAAUCGGCCGCAAAGGCCCAGGCCGAGUCUGUUUCCACCCAAAAGGCAGAGAAAGAAGUGACAAGGAUGGUGGUGGUUAUGGUGGUAGGAUUCUUAGUUUGCUAUUUGCCCUAUGCAACUUUUGCUCUAUGGAUUGUAAACCACCGAGGUCAGCAGUUUGACCUCAGAUUGGCCACCAUACCCUCCUGUGUUUCCAAGGCGGCGACGGUCUACAACCCAAUUAUCUACAUUCUUCUAAACAAACAGUUCCGCUCAUGUUUUAGAAAGAUGCUCGGGAUGAGUUCAGAGGAGGAGGACUCAUCAACAACCUCAUCGACCACCGAAGUCUCCAAAGUUGGGCCUUCCUAAAUUCUAAAUUCUACUGUGACCACGGCUGCAGAGCAAACCUUUGCACAAAUCACACAAGCACACAAAAAAGAGGCCUGCUAUCUGAAAUAUACCCAUAACUCAUAGUCUCAAACAGAUAUCACAAUCACACACACACACACACUCACACACUGAAAUAUAUAUCUUGACUGUUUUUUUUCUUUCUUUUUGAACCCAUAUCAGAUGUGUUGUGCAGCUGUGGAGAGUGUUUUGGUUUCCGAAAAUGGCUCAUGCAAAAGGACUGGCGACUAUUAUGUAAAUAUUUUGAGGCGGAGAAACAGUAGUGGAGCAAUAGGAUCACAUCAUUCAUCCUGAAUAAAAGAACGCAAUUGUAAAAAAAUAAAAAUAAAAAAAUAAAGAACUUCA